AUGAAGACAUCGCUGAAGAAAUUACAGAAAUUUGCUGCGGCGAAGCAUGAUAGGAAAGCGCAAAAGCACCACCAAUCGUUGCCUCUAGAUGAGCUCGCUCGAGCUACGCAGGAUAUGAACGACAUGAGAGACUGCUAUGAUAGGUUACUCUCAGCUGCAGCUGCAACUGCUAACAGUGUAUACGAAUUCUCUGAAUCACUAAGGGAAAUGGGUGAUUGUCUUCUUGAGAAAACUGCCCUGAAUGAUGAUGAAGAGAGUGGGAAAGUUCUAUUAAUGCUGGGAAAAGUACAGUUUGAACUUCAGAAACUUGUUGAUGGUUAUAGAUCUCAUAUAUUCAGGACUAUUACAAUCCCAUCAGAGUCUCUUCUGAAUGAACUUCGUAUAGUAGAGGAGAUGAAGAAGCGCUGUGAUGGAAAAAGAGAGAUAUAUGAUGAUCUGCUGAAGAAACAGAAAGAGAAGGGGAUGUUAAGGAACAGUAAAGGUGAAUGUUUCCAUUCGCCUCAGUUGAAGGAAGCCUAUGAGGAUUAUGAUGAUGAGGCAAAUGUAUUUGUUUUCCGCAUGAAGUCUCUAAAACAAGGACAAUCCCGUAGUUUUCUUACACAGGCAUCUCGGCAUCAUGCUGCACAGCUAUUCUUCUUCAAGAAUGCAGUCAGAUCUUUGGAGGCAGUUGAGCCACAUGUCAGAUUGCUUGCUGAACAACAUCAUAUUGAUUACCAGUUUAGCGGACUCAAAGAUGAUGGACAUGGAAUUUAUAGUGAUGGUGGUGAAAGUGAUGGAGAGGGUGGUAGUGAAGAUAGUUCUGAUACACAUGAUGAUGGAGAAUUGAGUUCUGAUUAUGAGCAUAAUGUUUCCAUACAAGAGGUUGCUACAUUAAAAAACUCCAUGGAGUUGGAUACUCCUAAUACGACAAUCUCUGCCAACCCUAAAUUAGGUGCCACAAAGGAUAUUUUACGAAGUCCUGUCAGAAGUUCUUUUUCUUUUCAAAGAGGAGUUGGAGCCAUUAGCAAAUCCGCACCCCUCUUUCCUGAGAAGAAACUGGAUUCAGCUGAGCGAGUGGCUCAGUUUGGGCCUUCACCAUCACGCAAGUAUACUUCUUACGUGUUACCAACACCAGACGAGACAAGGAGUCCUGUUUCUGGGAAAUUAUUUAACGAAUCUUGUCAAGUAAGAAAAACAGCCUUAGACCUUAGUCAUUCCUCUCCCUUGGAUCAGAACAAGUAUGAAAAACUUGGGGCAAAUGAUAAACCAAUCAUCUUAGACACACAAUCAAUACUGAAAGAGAGCAACAACCCCCCAAAACCCAGCCGCUUGCCCCCUCCUUUGUCAGAAACUCUUUCAUUCAAACAACUUGAUCCAAAUGUUGUAUCCUAUGCUAAGAAAGCCAAAAGGCAAGCUUUCUCCGGUCCUUUGACAGGAAAACCAUGGCCGAACAACCCAAAUUCCACAGCCAGUGGACCAAUUGCUUCAUCAGCAUUCUCUCUGCCAUAUUCGGGUUCUCUAUUACGCACACCAAUACCCCGACCCACAUCAACUCCUAAGUUGUCUUCACGGAAUUUUGUGUCAUCGCCAAAAAUUAAUGAACUUCACGAGCUUCCCCGCCCCCCUGCUCAUGUAGCGGUUAGAAGACCUACUAAUCGUGGUGCUCAUUCGGGACCCUUAAUGUCCAAAUCUCUCGAGCUGUCAACUGCAAAACUUAAAGAUGGAAGAAGUCAUUGCUUCGCCUCCUUUGGAACCAAUUUUCUUGCCACAUACCCAAUCAGAAUCCCGUACAACAUAGAUGAUUCCUGCCCUAAGCAGCUUAAUGAAAGGCGACUUAAAGAGCACGACUGCAAUUCUGGGCACUGUAGACAUCUGUGA